AUGGCCAGCAAUAUCCCCGCCGCGCUGCGAUCUGCUGACAUUGGGCGCUUUGCCGUCAGGGCGGCGCAGAUCGAGAAGGCAAAGCCCGUGGUGGCCUAUUGGUGCAACUUUCACGUUGUGAAUCAGAUCAUUGGGAGAGGACUUCACAACUCCGAUGAUGAAAUCAGAAUUUACACGACCAGCCUCGUGGAUAAGCUCGAGCAGUUCAAACUCGAGAACCCUGAGAAUGAAACUGUGACAGAUGACGUUGCGGCGAAUGCGUAUGUCGAGCAAUUCGGACUAGAGGUCUUCAAUCGCGCCGAGGCUGCCAUGGCCGCCAACAAGGUUACAAAACAAACUGCCGAUACGUUCCAAGCAGCAGCUGUUUUCCUUGAGCUGUGCCAGAUUUGGGGAGACCUGGACCCGGAGAUUGCGGGGAGAAUCAAGUUCGCCAAAUACCACGCGGUUCGGAUUGUGAAAGCCUUCAAGGCUGGAGAGGAUCCUAAUGCCACGAACCCUGCACCUAAGGCAGAGGAGGAAGAGGUGACAGUGGCUGACCCUGAAGUGCAAGCGUUUGACGAGUCCGUGGCAGAGCAGGCCUCAAGGCCACGCCAGGCAUCCGUGGAGGAAGUUCCAGACGAAGCCGAGCGGCUUGGGCGCCAACUGGCCCAUCAAUCAACCUUGGACGAGUCACUGCAUCCGUCCCGAACAUCCUCCAUGCCGCGGGCACCUGCUUCCUCGGGACCCGAAAUUCCUUCUGUGCCCAGCAAUGCACCCGGCACCCCGGGAAAGGCACGAGACGUUUACCCGCGGCAAUCUGAUGAACUGGAACUUCCCUCCACCCCUAGCACCAUCGGUGGCAAGGCUGGCGGCCCUGGUCCUAUCAUAGAUCUACCCGAUACACCUGGAACUUCCGAUCUCCACACGACUCAUGCAUCGCGUCAUUCUAACUCCUUCCAUUCCUUCCCACCACCCUCUACAACAAGCCCGUCAAUCGCGGCACCAGACCCAACUUCUUUCUACAACCCACCAAGUGCUAGUACCCAUAUUUCUCCCCCAGCAGCAUCUCCAUCGGUGCCUGCUGCUGCUCGGGCAUCCCCUGCUCCUGCACCAGCGGCCCCGAGUCAGCCAUCGCACUCAGUCGAUGACCAUAAUAUCUCCAUGGCGCAGAAACACGCUCGCUGGGCUGUCUCGGCUCUCACCUUUGACGAUGUGAAUACAGCGAUCAAAGAGCUGAAGAAUUCUUUGAGAUACCUUGGUGCAGAAUGA